AUGGCUACAGUAGGAGUGGAUGUGAUUGAGACAGCAGCUCUAGGGAGACCCUUCCAGCUGGGGAUGCUGUAUGACUGCAGGAAAGAUGCUCUCAUACCAGGAAUCACACUGUGGGAUCCAGAGAAGCUCCAGCAGAGUUUACGAACUCGUCCCCAAAUUAACACCGAUUUCAAAGUAACAGCUUCAGACUCCAUUGAGGACAAAUCAAGCUUACUGAACAUCGACGGCUCUCUGAAACUCAGUCUUUUAGGUGGACUGGUCAGUGUGACAGGAGCAGCCAAAUAUCUCAACGACACCAAGAAGUCUUUCAGACAGCAGAGACUGACGCUGCAUUAUCACUCAACCUGCAGGUUUGAAGAACUGACCAUGAGUCACUUGGCACCUGAAAAUAUCAUUCAUCAGCUCGUGUUUGAUAAUGACACAGCGACACACGUGGUGACAGCGGUGCUGUAUGGAGCAGAUGCCUGCUUUGUGUUUGACAGAGAAGUUUCAUCAGAUGAGAACAAAAAUACAGUAGAAGGAGAAGUAAAUGCGGCCCUUGACAAGCUCAAAUUCAUUUCAGUAGAUGUGAAGAUCAGUCUGAAGAUGAAUGACGCUCAGAAGAAUGCAGUCCAGAAAUUCACAUGCACGUUUUAUGGCGAUUUCCAGUUACCGUCUAACCCGACGAAUUUUGAAGAUGCUCUGAAGGUUUUCACGGAUCUUCCAAAACUUCUGGGAGAAAAGAAAGAGCUUGCGGUUCCUCUGAGAGUUUGGCUUUAUCCUCUGGACAAACUUCACUCAAGAGCUUCAAAACUUCAGAAGGACAUCAGCAUGGAUCUAAUCCUAGAAACUGAAUCAGUGGUUGAGAGAUUAAAUACAGCUGAGAUGAGAUGCCGUGAUCUUCUGAAAGACUCACCUGCUUCGUCUUUUACCGCAUUUCACGAUACAAUUCUGCAAAUGAAGCAAAACUGCUAUAAGUACAAACUGAAGCUCACGAAGAGACUCGGCUCUCUGCUGCCAAACAUCCGUGGAGACGUGAUGAAGGAAACAGCACUGAAUGAACUUCUACAAGAACAUGAGGAAUCUCCUUUCAGAAGAUCUGACCUUGCAGAAUGGCUGAAAGAGAGAGAAAGAGAGUCUGAGAUCGUUAAAUCAGUCCUCAGACAGCUGAAAAAUGCUGGUGCGCAAGUAGAAGUCAACAUAGACCUGAUUUUGAUGGAUCUGGAAGUUGGAAAUCUGGCCUGUUUCAUGUUCACAUCAUUGAACUGGUCAGACAUGCUGCUUCUUCAACAAAAGGCCUGUUUGAGUCCUUCAGCAAAAGGAGGAAAUGAUGAGAGCAGCCCUGAUCGAAAGCAAAAGUCUUGGCUCAGUCCUGAGAUCCAAAAGACCAUGAGGAGCAACCUGAAGAUGUUUAAGAACUUGAUCGAUUUGGAUGACAGUACAUCAAACAUGUUUAUCGUGUCCUCAAGAGAAAUGAAGAAUAAUUCAGGUUCCUGCAUUCUGCUGUAUGAAAGUGAAUGUGAUGAAGCUGUUUGCUUCAUUCCUCCAUCUCCGCCAGCCUGUCCAGUCAUCGAAGAGGUCAAAGAAAACACCGUAGUUGUAAAGGUUCCUCCAUCGUGUCCUGAUACAGUGGAGAUCAAGUUACUGUAUAAACCGAAGCAGGACUCAGUCUGGACAUCUGAACCUGUGAAGAAGGAUCAAGACGUAGUUACUCUGACUGAUCUGAGAUCAGGAACUGAAUACGAGAUCAAAUGUGCAGCGCUGGGGAAACUCAACUACACCACAGACAGUGACGUCAUUGAAGUUACCACAGAGAGAAGAAACCGAUCAGUUAUGGCAUACUGUGGCUUGAUGAAUCAGGGAGCAACCAGCUACUUGAACGCAGUUCUGCAAACACUCUACAUGACCCAGGAAUACAGAGAAAGCGUUGUGAGGCUGGAGAGAAGAGAUGAUUCGCCUGAUGGUGAUUUCAUCGAAGAGCUGAAGUCUCUGUUUGAUCAAUUAGACAAAGAGUCUCAUCCAGUUUCAACAGCCGCAAUCUCAAAGAGCCUCGGCAUCACAGAUGUUUAUAAAGAAGAAGAUGCAGCAAAAUAUCUAGAAUUGAUUCUGAUCAGGACUCCCAAAUCUUCUGAGAUUUUUAAGGGCUCUGUGGAGAAAACCAGUAGAUGUGAUUCAUGCAAGCAAAUAAUAUCAGAACGGCGAGAUUUCUUCACAAUGAGCAUCUCUCUAUGUGAAUCAAGAAAUGUGGUAAGUGCAUUGCUGUUCAGCUCUGAAUAA